AUGCUCUGGACUCUGCUGCUUGCUGUCCUUCAGGCACACGUUGCCUUGGGUCUGGCUGUCACAGCCAGCUCCAUCACGAUCCGUCCCAGUCCAUCGCCCACCAGCGAGCCACCGUCAUCGUCGACCAGUGGCCAAUGGCUGAAUAUCUCCAACACGUCGAUCUUCUGGCCCACAUACACCGACUACUUCUAUGGGCCAACAACGGGCUCUGAAGCACCUGUUGUGACCUGCAAUGCUAAGUGGGUUGAAUACUAUGGCCGGUCCACCGGACUUCGCUCGCUGGGACCAACUGCCACGAGUAUCUCCUAUGACCCAUAUCCAACAAGCGAAGGGGCCUGCAGAACCUCCUCAUCCCUGGAAAACUACUCGGAUACUCAUACUGGACCGGUGACAACCCUUUGCGACGGCAUUCCACGCGCGUUGGGUCCUCGCGAGACUGUGACAUCGUACUAUCCCGGCACAGGACCCUGCAGCUCUUACACCACCACCUUUUCAAAUACAAUUGAGCUCUACCGGGAGCCCCCAGCGCCGGACUGCACCCUCAACACGCAAGAAUGCAUUCCGGUCUGGUCAACGUAUAGUGAACUGUCCACAUCAUACUACGACACUGUCACCACCGUCACUCCAGGCGACACCAAGAGCCCCAUCCCACCCUAUAGCUGUCCCUCAACGACGCGGUCCUACCCCGAAGACCCCUGCACAAACUGCCACUUCCUUCCCGGCACAGCGACUGUCUUCUACUGGCCGGUGACCACCGCCGGUGGCGAUCUAUGUCUGCAAAACGGCACCACCAUCCCUGCUACCCCUACCGGAUCCGGCCCCAAUACCGCCGUAGUCAACGGCCAGACCCUCGUCUCCCCAAGCAUCUACGUCUCGUUUACCUCAAUCUACGCCUGGAGUAACCGGCGCGCCCACCCGGGAAGCCAAUGCGGAAACACGCACACCGACACCAUCAUCGCCGUGGAUCCCAUCAGCGUGUCUUCGGUCCGCAACCACCGCAACGCAAAGUACCCCACCAUCGGGACUGCGUAUCCGUUCAAUUUCGCCGAGUUCAUGCCCCAGGAAGUGGGCAAUUAUACCAUGCCGUUGAUUCCCUGGCCGCAGUACCGGGGAGGAUCCCAGUGUCCGCUGUACGAUCCUUCCUGCACGAUGAUCCGGGACGAUUACAUGCCUUUCUUGGAUCUUCCCGAGGCGGUCCGCCAGAUUGAUGCGCUGUGGACGGCGUGUAAUGCGCACUGGUAUAUCCCGCCUGUCACGCUUGUGCCUUUGACUGGGGACGUGAAGAUCCAACCUACGCCCACGGCUGAGGCGAAUGUCAUGGCUGCUAUUGCGGUGCCGGAGUCGGUGGCGGCUGUGCCUACGCCUGAAGCGACAGGGUGGUAG